UGUGUUGGACACAUAAGGACAGCUGUGAGGACAAAGGCAGAAUUUCGUCUACUUCAGGAUCAAGUAGAUAUGAAACAUCCCCUGAUCCUGUCCCUUCUCCUGCUGGGGACGGUUUCUGCUUUUCAUCUGGAGACUGCUCGUCCCCAUCCGGAGAGCUCGAAGAAGGAGAAAGAUCUGACGCAGGAUGCAAACGGUUGGAGGGAGCCAGGAGGAGAGUUGGCUCUGACUCAAGAGACAACGCAAACAGAGGGAGAGGAGGUUGAGGGUUCUGAACAUCAAGACAUCUUCGAGGAUGAGGAGGCAAUGGAGUCAGACCCCGAGGCUUCAGAUGAGGACUCGGCAUGCCCCUGGGAAGAGGACACAGCUCGUUUGCAGGGAACCCCUGGGUGCAAGAGCUGCCGAUACGUGCUGGUGAGGACUCCCAAGACAUUUUGUAAGGCUCAGAGUGUUUGCAGGAGAUGCUACCGAGGCAACCUGGCUUCCAUCCACAGCUACAGUUUCAACUACCAAAUUCAAUGCUUGGCCAGGAAGAUCAACCAGGCCUCUGUCUGGAUAGGAGGCAUUCUCAAGGGCUGGUUCUUCUGGAAGAAGUUUCGCUGGACUGAUGGCAGCUGCUGGGAUUUUGGAUUCUGGGCCCCAGGGCAGCCUGGGAAUGGGGGAGGACACUGUGUGACUCUAGGUACCAAAGGGGGCCGUUGGCGAAGAGCUUCAUGCAAAAGCCGCCUGCCUUUCGUCUGCUCCUUCUAAAAUGGAGCCAGAGCCUGCCCUGGAGCCUCCUGCCUUCACAGCCCUGGCUGCUUGCACCCCAUCCUUCUCUCCGUUCUGUCCCAGCCUCUCCUGGCCAUAAAGUCAGGUUUCCC